AGCAAGCGUCAUAGUACCAUCUGAGGUGAUCCCGAUGGUAGCAAUAGAAGUACCUAAAUUGAAAAUUUUGGGCUCCAUAGUGCGGAUCGUUCCUUUAAGUGGCGAAUCCACUGGCACUGCCGAGAGCAUGCCGAUUGAUGACACGAUUCGCCUGCCAAUGAACACGCUAAACGCGACUAUAAAAUAUCAUUUCUUGCGGCAGCAAGUGCUACGACCAUCACGCCACUUACCGGAUGCACUCAUCAUAGGCGUGAAAAAAAGCGGAACCAGAGCGUUGUUAGAGUUUAUCCGACUACAUCCGGACGUGAGAGCAGCAGGCUGCGAGGUCCAUUUCUUCGAUCGCCACUACAACAAAGGACUGCCCUGGUACCGACAUCAUAUGCCGCCAACGAUCGAAGGACAGAUAACUAUGGAAAAAACGCCAAGUUAUUUUAUCACACGCGAUGCCCCACGAAGAGUCUAUAACAUGAACCCUGCUACGAAGCUACUUGUUGUCGUGCGGGAUCCAGUGACACGCGCCAUUUCCGAUUACACCCAGGCAAAGAGUAAAAAGAGCAACAUGAAACGUUUUGAGGAGCUCGCCUUUACGAAUGGGUCCGCCGGUGGUGUGGUGGAUACCAACUGGGGCCCGGUCAAGAUAGGUGUGUACGCCAAGUACUUGGAACGCUGGUUGAAGAGCUUCCCUUUGUCACAGCUGCUUUUCAUCAGUGGUGAGCGACUGAUUGCUGAUCCUGCAGUCGAGAUUGCGCGCGUGCAAGAUUUCUUGGGGUUGAAACGGGUAGUGGACGAGAAGCAUUUUUACUUCAACUCAACGAAAGGAUUCCCCUGCCUGUUGAAAUCGGAAGAACGGUCCGGUCCGCACUGCCUCGGCAAGACGAAAGGACGCAAUCAUCCCCACAUACACGAAACGGCCAUCAACCGGCUCCGGAAGUUUUACAGACCAUUCAAUCAAAAAUUUUACCAGCUCUCACGAAUCAACUUUGGCUGGCCAUGAACCCAGCGAUUGUCCUAACACAAUUUUCUGCAAUUAAUUUAGAUUUUGUUCAA